AUGUUUUCAAAGAGCUCAACCACCAUUGGCCUCAUCAUCAUCUUCCUCAUUGUCAGCCUCGCCGAAGCUGACCUCUUCCUCUCACCUACGGCCACUGGCUUUGGUACGUGCCCUAGAGACCCAUUGCAACUAGGUGUAUGUGCCAAUGUCCUUGGCCUAGCCAAUGUAACAGCUGGUGACACCAGAGCACGAACAUGUUGCAGUACCCUCAAUGGCCUUGUGAACGUCCAAGUAGCCGAUUGCCUCUGCUAUGUCUUCAGACCACUCCCUUUGGUUUUCGGUAUCGAUAAGGCCAUAAGAGAAAUAUUUUUCGCUUGUAAUAUGGUUUUUCCUAUAGGACGUGAUAAGUGUUGUUAUCAGUACGAAGAAUAA